CGGAGGAGACCGCUGGGCUCAAGUUAUCGCCAAAGGUUGCCCAUUAUUUAGGUGUAAGCAGCUUUGGACUGACCCUAUAAGAUGAGAGUGGGGCAAUGAUGGGAGACAGUGAAGCGGCAGAGGGAGGGUCACCGUGUGGAAGAAGGAUGAUUUUCACAGGUCCAGAUGGAAUCGGAGACUACAGGCCGAGAUCAAAUUAUUUCCCCCGGCACAUCGGUGAGGGCGCGUCGUCACCUGAGGCCACAGGAGACCUCAGUUAUCUGUGCCGAGCUGCACCCUGCGCCCCACCUCCUAUGCCCAGGCAGAGCUACGUGGGGGAGGUGGGCUGGGGCUGGCAGUACAACCAGGUGUUGAACAGUGGGACGCUGCUCAGCAAUAUGCAAAUCAAGAAGACGGACAUACGGACGGCAGUGGAGGACAGAGUGGCUCACAGGUUUCAGAACCAACAAAAGAAGAUGGCAGAUAACUGACGACGAGUCAAGUUUUCACAGAGACGGGUUGAACGGCAGAUGGCUUCUCACCACCCACGGCGGCCAGAGGAGCAGGCUGCUAAUGAGACUUGUCGAGUUGGAUUAAACAUCUUUUCAUUCCUGUAA